UGUGUAACUGAGCCACGGACGCAGCCCUGCCUAUUAUUUCUCUUGAGGUUCUUCCCUCUUGCUCUUGUCAUACAGUUUGGAGAUGCCGUUUUCUGUAGGCAAAUGUUACAAUUGAUAGUUAUGUAGGAUAUCUGUGAGAGUCAAAGUUAAAUCAUUUUUCGAACGUUGAGUGUUAUUCGACGGCUACUUUUUCAGGAAGUGGUCCAUCACGUGCAGAAAGAGAAAGGGGGGUAACAGUACAUUCGCCGAUGCUCUAUCCGCAAUUGUCAUGUCGUUGUAUUGUUUCUUUUGACGAUUAAUUAUUUAUUAAUUAACUAUGAAAUGUGGGCUGGCAAUUAGGCUUAAGUCUUUCAGUGUUUUGCCUUGGGAGUGGUUGGUUUUGCGAGCAUUAUUUGGCACCCCCCAAAAAAUACAUAUUUUUCAACGACAGACAUCCACCCAUGGUCGUGGUACGCGCAGGCUACCUGACCAAUGUUUUUUGUUUUGACAAUUGUUUUUUUUUAUCGGAUAUAACAAACUGCUCUGUUCCUGACAUACACCCACAUUCAUCACUGGAAACACAGAAUUGCUUUCAAAAAAUUGUUUUAGUAUAGUAAUGUUGCGAUAGUGACAAGAAACCUAUUUUGGGUUCAUUUUAAUUCCAGAAUGAGGUAUAUCAUUGAUGCCUUUCUUCACAUGAAGAAUCAACCAAACAUGAAGUGGAUAGCCUAGAAGGCUAUUCUAGACAAUUGUCGUGUUCGGUGUUGGCUUUUUACAAUGAAAAUUAGUAUUUGAGGAUACAAUUCUGUCUCACUGCUCUCGAACCUGGGGUUGCCGGUAGGAAAGGCGUCUAUUGCCUUGGAACACUGGCUAGGCGGUGGAGCGGCCAAUGUCGACCGUUAUCUUCGGUAGAAUAUAAUCCUGUAUAUAACUGUUACCUACAUAAAAACCAAGUAGCCUAAUAGAAAGGAUACCUCAGGGACAAUGUCUUCUCGUGCAGCACUACCUGGGAACGAGCGGAAAUCGGACCAACAUACCUCUCUCUCGACGAGCCGCUCGGAGAAGAGCACUGGUUGGUCGAGCAGAUCACUCGGAGCACGAUGUCGGAACUCUAUCGCCUCGUGUUCGGACGAGCAGCCGCACAUCGGCAACUACCGUCUGCUCAAGACCAUCGGCAAGGGCAACUUCGCCAAGGUCAAGCUGGCCAGGCAUAUCUUGACGGGCAAAGAGGUUGCAAUAAAGAUCAUUGACAAAAAUCAGCUCAACCCGACCAGCCUACAGAAGCUCUUCAGAGAGGUACGCAUCAUGAAAGGCCUCAACCACCCAAAUAUCGUGCAGCUGUUUGAGGUGAUCGAGACGGAGAAUACACUCUAUCUGAUAAUGGAGUACGCCAGUGGGGGCGAAGUGUUUGACUACCUCGUGUCCCAUGGGAGAAUGAAAGAGAAAGAGGCGCGGGCCAAAUUCCGUCAGAUUGUGUCUGCUGUACACUACUGUCACCUGAAGAACAUUGUUCACAGGGACCUUAAAGCUGAGAACCUCUUGCUGGAUGCCGACUCCAACAUCAAAAUCGCAGACUUUGGCUUCAGUAACGAGUUCACCAUGGGCAACAAGCUGGACACGUUCUGUGGCUCCCCUCCCUAUGCCGCUCCGGAGCUGUUCCAGGGGAAGAAGUACGACGGGCCUGAGGUGGACAUCUGGAGCCUGGGGGUCAUCCUCUACACGCUGGUCAGCGGAUCACUGCCCUUCGACGGGCAGAACCUCAAGGAGCUGCGGGAGCGUGUUCUGCGGGGGAAGUACCGCGUGCCCUUCUACAUGUCCACCGACUGCGAGGGCAUCCUGCGCAGGUUCCUGGUGCUCAAUCCCACCAAACGCUGCACCCUGGAGCAAAUCAUGAACGACAAGUGGAUUAACUCUGGCUACGACGGAGAAGAACUGAAGGCUCAUAUAGAGCCCCUGGAGGACCAUAAUGAUGGCAGCCGCAUCGAGGUGAUGGUGGGGAUGGGUUACACCCGUGAUGACAUCAAGGACGCUCUGACCACUCGGAAAUACAACGAGGUCACCGCCACCUACCUGUUACUGGGACGCAUGAAUGAGGUGGAGGGCAGUGAGUCUCGGUCAACCAGCAGUCUGAGCCUGGCGCGGGUACGGCCCAGCACCGUCACCAACGGCACCAGUAAACACUCCACCUCCUCCACCACCUCCGCCUCCUCCCACAGCAAGACCACCCAGCGCAGCGCCUCCACCUACCACCCCCGCAGGAGGCACAGUGACUUCUGCGGUCCAGCAGCGCCCCCAUCCCACCCCAAGCGUAGCCCCAGCAGCGUGGCGGGGGCAGACAGGGAGCUGAAGGAGGAGGGGGGGCGCAUGGCGUCCCGUAAGGUCAGCAGCAGUGUGGUGGGCAGCCGUUCCAUCCAGCCCCCCUCCAGCCCCAUGGUCAGCAGCGCCAACAACCCCAACCAGUCAGAGAUUCCCGACCGCCGCAAGGAGAUUAACACCGCCACGAACAACGUCCCAGCAAGUGCCAUGAUCCGCCGGAACACAUACGUGUGCACCACGGACCGGAACAGCACAGACAGGCCCUCCCUGCUGCAGAACGGCAAGGAGAACAGCUCCAUGUCCCACCGGCUGCCCCCGGCCUCACCCUCCACCCACAGCAUCGCUGGGGCCUCGGGGACCUCCUCCUCUUCGGGCUCCCGCCUCACCCGGGGCUCCAGCAUCCGCAGCACCUUCCACGGGGGCCAGCUGAGGGACCGGCGGCCUCCCUCCCACGCACCCCCCACCUCCCCCACUCUGUCCCACGACGCCAGCCCCCUGCCUCACGCACGUACCCGCGCCACCUCCAACCUGUUCAGCAAGCUCACCUCCAAGCUCACACGCAGGGUCAAUCUUGACCCCUCUAAGCGUCCCAACUCAAACAAGUCCGUCUCGGGCUGCACUCUUCCGCAGGGAUCAAAAACAGUUAGGUCACAGACGAACCUGAGAGAGUCUGCAGAUCUCCGGUCACAAGCCUCGGCUGCACAGUCUCUGGUCAGACAGUCUCUGGUUAAAUCCAGCAGUCGCCAUCUACCUGGGCAUCAAAAAGCGGCAGAGCCCCGGACCCCCCGAUGCGGCUGGGAUGUGAGGGUGCGGAGCCCGCGGGACCCGGCGGAGGUGGUGCUGGCACUGCGCGAGGCGGCCCAGGGCUGCGGCUGCCAGGUCCACCUGGCUGGGCCCUUCCUGCUCUCCUGCACCCACGGGGCGGCUGGCUCACGCGUGGCCUUCGAGGCUGAUGUGUGCCAGCUGCCCGCAGGCCCCGCCGAGACCAGCGGCGUGCGCUUCAAACGGCUGUGGGGGGCGCCGCUCGCCUUCCGGGACAUCGCCACAAAAGUGUCCAAGGAGCUGGAGCUCUGAGGGCGACAGGGGGUGGGGCAGAGGGCUUCUACACUGGACAGACUGACCGAGGGGGCGGGAGAAGGAGACGGGCAGAACCCGCUACCCCCACUGCCAACCUCGCCUCACCCCCGCCAAAGACCCACUUCUGGUGCCACACUGACACGCAGACACACAGGCACGGAUGGUCCGGGCCCGCCACUCACAGACCUAUGACCUACAAACCCUGCUAAGGCACCUCAAUAUUAUGUGAAUCUACGGAGUCAAGCAGUUAUUUUUUAAUUCCAUAUUUGCAGAUGAAGAUAUUUUUCGUCAAUGUCGUUAUGAUUAUAUUUGUUGUCGUUCCUUUUUAACAGCUGCUAUUUAAAAGGUUUUUUAAUUUAGUUGUUCUUGUUUUCGCUUCAAUGAGUGAUUGACGCAGACUGAAUGCAUAUUUAAGAAACAAGGGACCAGCCCUUUCCUAGACAGACCUCCAGGCUAUAGAGCAGGGUUGUCAAACUCAUUUUGCCCUGGAGGCCGCAUUCGGUCUUCAACAAGGUCCGGAGGGCCGCACUGAAAAUGUGUUAUAUUUCUUCGCAGUCAAUUUUCCCAAAAUAGUCCUCUACCCAUAGUUUUUUUUAAUGAUUAUGCUCUAGCUUUAGACUAUCUAGCUUUAUUUGGGAGAUUAUGAACAAGCUGGACACAGUCAAUAAACUGUAUGAAUGUAGGUCCAUUAUAUUAUAAUUUCUACACAGUUUCAAUUUGGUUGUAGUUAUUUUAAAGUAUACCAUUGUUCUGUUUUGUUUUACUCAAACCCGCGGGCCAGAUUGGACCCCCUCGCGCACCGAAUCCUGCCCGCGGGCCAGAUUGGACCCCCUCGCGCACCGAAUCCUGCCCGCGGGCCAGAUUGGACCCCCUCGCGCACCGAAUCCUGCCCGUGGGCCGUAUGUUUGACACCCCUGCUAUAUAGGGAGACAUGCAGAAAUGCAGAGACGGACAACAAAAAAACAAUGCUGUAAAACAAAAUGCCAGAUUCUUGUGCCCAUCCAUCGCGUCUGCUCAAUUCUGUAAGGCCCCCUCUGCUACUCUCGUCAAGUUUCAUUUUGUGUUUUGUAUAUACCGGUAUGUUGGUUACCAAUGAGCAAAGCUGUCUGACUUCAAUGUCCAAAACGGAGUAGGCGAAGACUGCUCUUCUGAGCCACUAACCCUUUGAUUUUCUGCGUUUCAGCAGGUAAUGUACACAGGCAUUCUACACGUUCUUCUGGGAGCAUUUGGUUUAGCAAUAUCACCUCUUCAAUUGUAUUUCCUCUUAAAUGGUACAGCACAUCCACCAGGCCAAGAUUCCAAACAUGAUUUGAUAUAUAUAAGCUAUAGAUAGAUAUAAGCGGUGUUUAGUAUAAUGUUGGGGAACAUCAUUUGUCACAUUUCAAGGAAUCUCAAUGGAUCACUUUUUUGUAUAAGAUGACCCAAGAUCGCGUAAAAAAGGAGAAUUGGAUCAACUCCUAAUUUUCUGCUCAAAAAGAAUAUAGUAUCAUUGAUCACACAGACUAUAACAACUACAGCGAUGCUUGUUGAAUUGCAUUCAGUAUUUCAAUUGGUCAGCAAAACAGGCGUUAUGUAGUCGCUUCCCUUCUGGUAACCAAUCAGCCUUCUGUAUUCCUGAGUGACGUAUGAGAGUGAGGUUGGUAGUUUAGAAUGUGACCCUGGGUGACGUUGUUGAAAUCAACCCUGACACUCUUCUAUAAAUGAAGCACGCUCCCAAGCUCCUCACAAUAGAUCCAAGUCAGGUAGAUAGUCAAGGCCUGAGUGAGUGACUGUUUGUCACUGGCUUUGGUUUGCACCAAUAAACAGUAAUGGUCCUUGUCGCCUGGCAGUGGGUCACAGCAGCAGAGAUGCCAGAACUUCAUUCCCAGUUGGUGCAGUGAGCUGCAGUGGGCUCUUCUAAAGCCCUCAGAACCAUGUUUCUAUUUUCUCAGCUCAGACUGUUGGUGUCGCUGAAUGUUCCUCAACCUUUCUUGUUUGCUGAAAGUCUGUCUGGUCUUUAAAUGGCUCAAAGAUUCAUCAAGAGUGGAUGUUCUCAUUACAGAAUGUGUUUGUCACUGUUCCAGUAUGAUGACAUCUCUACAGUAUGUAAUAUCCCAGUUAUAUUCCGUAACCUGUGACACCCCUGACCAUCUUCGCCAGCCUGCCCACACUGGACUGCCUGCCCAACACAAUCUUCAGUCGUUUUCAAACUCCACAAUUUUCCACCUUAUUCCUUUUGGCAAAAUGUAUAUUGCACACGUGUAUGGCAGUAUUACAUAGUAAUCCAGGACACUACUAUGACUUCAGUUUGCCCGUUGCAAGGAAUCAUGGGAGUUUUUAGUUGCAACAGGUGGCCACAAAUGUCUUAAAAUGUGAAAGCUGUGAUUUAGGGCAAUUCUUUUGCAACUUUGCCCAAAAUAGGACCUCUUGCCCAACAAUUCCCAUCUGUAUUGCUAAAAGCUUAGGACCAUGCUUCAAGAGUAGGAAGUAGUUGUGCGUUUGAAGCCGUCGCUGUUAUCGAUAAAACAGGGUGCAACUAUGGAAAUGACUGAACUGCAGUCCUGCAUGUCUCCUGAGGAAAAUUGUAUGAAGCAAAAAUAAAUUUCUCCUUUCAAAUUCUGACAUUUUGGAUCAAGUUUAUUUUUGUUCUCAGUGGGGUUGAUGUGGUGUCAAUAGAUGACAGAUUGGUCAUGUUAUGUUUGUUUAUUGUACCAUGGUUUUAGGGCAUUUACGAGGCUGCUGUAGCGUGUGCACGUGGUGUGGGUGUGCAUGUGCAUGCACCGUGUGUUUCGAGACCAUACAUCAGACAGUGGGGUUGAUUAACUGGGCCUUGUUUUAUUUGCUCAAUACAUUUUACAACCAAAACAAUGAUUUCAAGAUUAGGUGCAUACACAAAGUAAUGGCCCA